AUGCCACGUCCCCGCCGCCACCACACCCUAAAGACGGAAGGGUUCUAUGCUGUCUUAGGGAAGAGAAAAUUCUUAGACGCCAAGACGCCUGAGACCAGGCCUUUAGAUGUUGCAUGGUUUGAUUCAGACCUCGAGUCUCGGUCUAAGCGCAAAGCCUUUAAACGGAGAGUUCCCGCGAUUAUCGACUUGGAUAAGACUCCUAAAGGCUGGAGUGAUCUUGAACCAGAUAUUCACCCAGAGGACUACGAUGCACAUAUCAAAAGAUGUGAGUUGCGAAUCAAGGAAAAUAUCAUGCCUCUCAUCUUUGCACAUCGAUUGAGAACAUACGAAACGCUACAAGAGGAACGCGACGAACUUAUGUUGCUUGAACCUGGGCUUAGCUGGGAAGUAGUCCAGCGCUUGGCUUCCCUCGAACGUAUCCAUACUUGGCUUUAUGAAUGGGAGCAGAUUAAGAAUGUGACUGCCAUCAUGGCGGCGUAUAGAGCCCAAGAAUUGAGAUGGAAUCCUCGCCUUGUUACCUACUGGUCUCAAGGCGUUCAGCUCUGCAAACCAAGACCUUACGGCACCAAUAAAUACUUAUACAUCAAUGGAAAGUUUCAAGGACACACGGGCUUUUGGGUUGAAGGG